AUGGCCCAACCCACCGUGCUGGAAAUAAGCUUGAUUUGCUGUUUUGUAAUCGUACCGAAACCCUGUCCGAUAACUCUCUCCUGUAAUGAACAUAACUUUCCGUCUGAUCACUAUACUAUUGAAUUCCUUAUUCGUACAAAGUUCAGAAAAGCAAAACCUGUGCGGCGAACAGUCUAUGAUUGCAACCGAGCUAACUUUCCCGAACUUUGUAAAGCCUUGUCUCAAACAGAUCUCCGUGUAUCUUUUUCCGACAACAUUGAUGAUUGUUGGAAACAUUGGAAGGACUUAUUUUUAUCAGUUGUGUCAAGUUAUGUUCCGACCAAAGUUGUUAAGAAUACCAACUCUCCUCCCUGGAUUGAUGGAGAAGUUCGCCAUCUAAUCCGAAAAAAGUACACCGCCUUACGUAAAUAUCGCUUGAAGAAAACGCCUGAACGUAAAGUUAAACUCCGGACAUUGUGUCAGCAAGUCAAGAAUGUUAUUCGAAAGAAACAUAAAAAGUAUUUGGACAAAAUUGAAAUUUCAUUUAAAGAAAAUCCGAAAUUGUUUUGGAAUUACCAUAAAGCGGCACUCCACCACCGUUCAGCAUUGAAUCCUGUCAUAUUACACAACGAUGAGACAGCGACGACCCCAAAACAAAAAGCAGAACUUUUUAAUCCACCACUUCAGCGGUAA